UCGAGGAUCGGAGCCGCGAACACGAGCAGCGAUGACAUGACGCGUGGACGGUGCCGUGUGGUGGGGCUCGAACACGGAGCACCAGCGGAUGUGUGGCCCCGGACCGUGACGGUGAGCCGCGGGGAGGGAGGUGAGGGUCGGACGGACCGAGGAACCGGAGCGUCGCCAGCCUCCCGAUGACCGCGUUAUCCAACCGGAGGCUCCGUUAAGACACGCGCACACACACACACUUACGCACGCGGAUAACGGUCCGAGCAGAAGCCAUUUUUCUCCGCAGAAAAAUGCCGGCUCCUGAUUGGCUGUAAGGUGUCCCUUAACGCCGCCGGCACCAUGAACGUGGGCACGGCGCACAGCGAGGUGAACCCCAACACCCGGGUGAUGAACAGCAGGGGCAUGUGGCUGUCCUACAUCCUGGGCAUCGGCCUCCUGCACAUCAUCCUGCUCAGCAUCCCCUUCGCCAGCGUGCCCGUGGUCUGGACCCUCACCAACCUCAUCCACAAUGUGUGCAUGUACCUGCUCCUGCACACGGUCAAGGGGACGCCCUUCGAGACCCCCGACCAGGGCAAGGCGCGCCUCCUCACCCACUGGGAGCAGAUGGACUACGGCGUCCAGUUUACUGCGUCGCGCAAGUUCCUCACCAUCACACCCAUUGUGCUGUAUAUUCUCACCAGCUUCUACACCAAAUACGACCGGGUCCAUUUUGUGGUCAACACUGUCUCCCUGCUCACGGUGCUCAUCCCCAAGCUGCCGCAGCUCCACGGCGUGAGGAUCUUUGGGAUUAAUAAGUACUGACAAGGCAGAAGAGGACACCUCCUUCCUCGAGUCCCCAGGGACCUGCUGAGAGCACGCAGAGGAUCAGGCCUCUGAUUUGGCUGCAGAUCCACGAGGAUCUGUUGCUCUUUGGCUCCGGACUCUGCCUGCCGACUCUAAAUGAAGCCCGCUGGGACGCUGCCAUGGCUCCAAACCCCGGGAAAGAGACGAGGUUCUUUACAGAGAGAGGAGAAAGGGAAAGUGUACUGUUGAGGCCUGAUGCCUUUUUACAAGUUUUCCACAGACACUAAAAAAGCAUUUUUUUAAAGAGGAAUUAUAUAUUAUAUCAUGUCCGUUUUUGUAGAGAUGGCAGUUUUUAGAAGUUAGAGGAAGAAGUAGUUGCACUGUUAUUGUGCCAUUUUCAAUCGGCACCUUAGACAGUACUUUUUUAUUUUUUAGCUAAUGCUACACUGCUGUGUUUACACAGCUUCGCUCCCAUGUUGAGCUUCCUCUCUCUCUCUUCUGGGCUCCAGUAGCGACUGCGUCACGACGUGGUGAGGGAACUGUGAACGACCUCAGUGUCCAGACACCAGAAGCCACUCAGCGUUUCACAUUUAGCCCUCGCUGCUCCGCUCAGGGCCAAAGGAGUUAAGUUGAGCAACUCUUAUUUUAUCUGACCGUCUCGAUAUUUGGACUCCUCUUGUCCCAAGUUGUGUGGCAGAGCGCCUGCAGUCUGCAGAGUCGUCUGGUCUGAGAGCAGAAGAUAUGCUCGAGAGCUCUGCGCUGAUCCAACAUAACCAAAGAUUCUGCCGUCUGAGGGAAGGGUCAGUUUUCCUGUCAUUACUUUGCUCAUAGUUUAAUAUUGGGACACAUGCCAAGAGUAGUACUGUGCAGCUGUCAAUAAUGAAAGGUUCAAGUGUAUUUAAUGUUAUCCUUCAUGAACAAUUUAAAGGUGCAUCAAUCUACUUUUUAGCCACUAGGGGGCAUUAAGCUCUCAGAAAAGCUGUGAACCACAGAACCGUAUAAAGAUGGAUGACAUGACAGUGACGCCAAAGCAUUUAGAUCGCUUCCUGGUGGCUGGCUGCAGUAUUAGUCACAAAAUAAAGUUUUUAUUAAAGUUAUCAUUAAAACGCCACCUCCUCCAUGUAAGUGAAGGGGACAUGAACCAAACUAAAAAGUCAAAUUCACAUCAAAUCCUUUUUUAUCCAGGAAAGUUUCUGUGUUUGGUUCUUAUCACAUUGAUGUUGAAUGUUGAAUGUUUAGAGUGAAUUCACUUUUUCUCAAAGUCAUUUCAUCCACAGUUAAUAUUAAAAGUAUUGAUUAAUGCAGCUUUAAGGUUCUUCCUCUUGCUGUAGGAAAAUAGUUGGAAAGAGACUUUGUUUUUCUUGAGCUUUACCCACAGGUACUUUUUUUAAAUCAAUAUUUCCAUUAUAAUGACUGUGUUUGAUUUUAUUCUUCAUCCUACUGGAAGUCUGAAGUGUCCAUGAACCAUUUCCUCCUGACAAGGCUCCUCUUGAAUUGUUCUAUAAUGUGAAGUAAUGAUUUGAACAUGUAGAAAGUUAGAUCUCUAUUGAAGGACUGCAUUUCUUCUUCUUCUGCUCGAUGAAACACAUGAAACAUGUUUACUGACGUUAACUGAACAGUAUUGACCACUCGUUUCUAUCUCAGCAGUAAUACUAGCAGCAGGUACAUAAACAUUAAUAAAUACGCAACACUAGUUUCUGCUUCUACAGCUUUAGUUAUUGUGAUUUCUCACUGUUUCUGUUGCUGAAACAAAACCGUUGCAUUAAGUUGAAUUAGUGUCAUUUACAGUCGAGGACCAAAGAUCCAGACAAUUGAGAAGUUGUAAAUACUCUAGUUUCUCUGCUGCAGCAUUUAUUUCUCCAUCAGGAUGUUUUCAAAUGUCAUGAUCAGCAUAAGGGCUUCAAUAUGAGACGUUGUAGCUCAAAGUGACCAUCAGUUUUUCUUUUUUACUGGAUUAUUCAAGACAACAGCUGCAGAAGAACGGCUUUAUAGUCAAUGUGGAUUAAAUGUGAAGCUCUCAAAUGCAGAAACCUCUGCUUGUGGUUUCUGUUUGUUGGUACCUGAAGGAAAUGUCAUUGUGAUGUUCUGUAAAGAGUGUGCGUCCCCAAAAUACAGUAUUUUUUAAGUAUCA